AUAUAUAUAAACGAAGAAAAAGUAAUGGAUGCAUGGUAUGGAUUAAGCAAUGGAGUUGCAGUGAUUGAAUUCAAGAUGGUCAUGGAUUCCCAUACUCAUUAACCCCAUUUUUCUAACGCCUCCCCCACGUGCAUACUUUAGCUCCCUCCUGAAUUCACUUCCACUAUUUUUAAAUAUAUAUAUAUAAACUAAGGAUUUGGAUCCAAUCGCAGACUCUCCUUGUACACAGACGCAAUCACAGACAGUAGUACUCCUCCCAAGUUGUUGAAGCAGCGAUCAAGAAAUAUUCUGGGAAGAUGGAAAAGUACGAGAUCGUGAAGGAUUUGGGAGCUGGGAAUUUUGGGGUGGCAAGACUCUUGAGGAACAAGGAGACUAAGGAGCUCGUGGCUAUGAAAUACAUCGAGCGCGGCCAAAAGAUUGAUGAGAAUGUGGCGAGAGAGAUUAUCAACCACAGAUCGCUUCGGCAUCCCAACAUAAUCCGUUUCAAGGAGGUGGUUUUGACACCGACGGAUUUGGCGAUUGUGAUGGAAUAUGCAUCCGGCGGAGAGCUCUUUGAACGAAUCUGCAAUGCCGGCAGAUUCAGUGAAGACGAGGCUAGAUAUUUCUUUCAGCAGCUGAUCUCUGGUGUUCAUUAUUGCCAUUCCAUGGUAGCAACCCUUUUCAUUCUCAAAAAGCUAGCUUUUUUCACUUACUUUCUCCUUUAUACUUUCUCUACAAUUAAAAGUACAGUUUGGAGAUACAAUUAUUAUUUUUUCCUCUUUAUUUUGCAGCAAAUAUGCCAUAGAGAUUUGAAGCUCGAAAACACACUUUUAGAUGGAAGCCCUGCGCCACGACUCAAAAUUUGUGAUUUUGGUUAUUCCAAGUCAUCCAUCCUGCAUUCAAGACCCAAAUCCACAGUUGGGACUCCUGCAUAUAUUGCACCAGAAGUUCUUUCUAGAAGAGAGUAUGAUGGCAAGUCGGCAGAUGUAUGGUCAUGUGGAGUAACUCUCUAUGUCAUGUUGGUGGGAGCAUACCCUUUUGAAGACCAAGAUGACCCCAGGAAUUUCAGAAAAACAAUUCAAAAAAUAAUGGCUGUUCAGUACAAAAUCCCAGACUAUGUUCACAUAUCUCAAGAUUGCAGGCAUCUUCUCUCUCGGAUAUUUGUUGCAAGUCCAUCGAGGAGAAUUACAAUCAAAGAAAUCAAGAACCACCCAUGGUUUUUAAAGAAUUUGCCAAGGGAGCUAACAGAGUCUGCUCAAGCUAUCUAUUACCAGAGAGACAAUCCUAGCUUUUCUCUUCAGAGUGUGGAUGAUAUAAUGAAAAUUGUAUCAGAGGCGAGAAAGCCACCCGCAUCAUCUAAGUCUAUUGGGCGCUUUGGCUGGGGAGCAGAAGCUGAAGAAAGUAAUGAAAACAUAGAUGCAGAAGUGGAGGAAGAAGAGGACGAAGAAGACGAGUAUGACAAGAGGGUCAAAGAAGUUCAUGCUAGUGGAGAAUUUCAUGUCAGUUAAGCAGUAUCAUCCUUCUCUAGCCAUAAGAUAAUUUAAGGGUUUAAAGUUGUGAAAGUUGCAUUUACCAAUGUGUAUAUAUAAUAUUUAAUAAGUAAUGCUCCAAUCUCAAAAAAAAAAAAAAAAAAAAAAUGUGGAUUCUAAAGUACUAGACCUCGUGUUCUAAUUUGUGUGGCACUUUGCAUGUAAUGUACUAUUUGUUUCCUUAUGGACCCAUAUGAAUGAAAAAAUGGUUGUCUUGUUACAUGGGAA